AUGCUAAGUGUUCAGUUAGAUAAACUUCAUCAAUUCAAUUUAUAUCGCCGUAAUAAUUUACAAUGCAUCAAAGAAGCUUUAUCACGUGAUAACAGAUUUUCAUUGUUAAUGUCAUUAAUGAAAGCAUCGGAAGGUGUCGAUCCUGCAUGGUUUGGCCUUGGUAUUUUAUUACAUCGACCAUAUGCUCAUCAACGCUUUGAAUUUUUACAAUAUCUUGAAAGGAAUGGAAUCGAAAAUCGUCCUGUCAUAAGCGAAAUGUCGGCUAAACCAGUAGACUUUUGGCUCAACAAUGUUACUAUGAAUAAUAAUAUUCUGGAAGCCGCAUUUGAAUUUCAAACAUGGAAUGGACCAAUCAAAGUAGUGUCAAUAUUAUCUACAGUUAUGUUUCCAAAGAAUGCACAGUUUCCGAUCGAUACUUCUCUUAUCUAUGAUGGACCGCCUCACUACACAUCAGAAUCAUAUGCAUAUGCUAAAAGAUCACUAGCACAACUUACACAAUGGUAUCGUAAACAGCAUGGUUGCGACUUCAUUUCAAUAUUACCUGGUAAUAUCUUUGGCGCUUAUGGCGAUUUUAAUCCUAGUACUGCUCCACUCGUCAAUGCACUGAUCGCAAAGGUUGAAAGCCAAAAAGAACAUAAUCCUUCAGCUCCUCUUAUCAUGAUGGGUACAGGUACACCGUUGCGUCAAAUUAUGUUCGCACAUGAUCUUGCGCAAAUAGUUGUCUGGACAAUGGAAAAUUACAGCGCAAAUGAGCCCCUAAUUGUUACUGGAAAAGAAGUUUCAAUUUCUCAUAUUGUUCAGCUUGUAUGUGAACAAGUAGGCUUUAAAGGGUGUGUUCAGUUUGACAAUGAUACAAAGAAUGAUGGCCCACUACGUCGCACCGCUGAUACAUCACAAUUCGAAAGACUUAACCCAUCCUUUCAAAUGACUCCACUCUCAAUAGGUAUCACAAAAACAAUAGAAUGGUAUAGAAGCAACAAACCCAAGUUAUUACAAGAUUAAAUAAAUAUUUUUUUGCCUCCUGGAAUUAGUUCACUUCUUUGACUAAAGGAUCGAUACUAAAAUAAAAAAGAGCACAACUUUUGGUAAAAUUGUUUUCCUGUAUAAAAUAAUGUUAGACGCUUUCUUACCUUUUGAAUUGCCUACUCAAAUAAGAUCUAGCUCCAAAUUUUCUAAAACACGCAUGUUUUCUAAACAAAAAAGCAACGUGCUUAACCAUUUACCCCCUUCCUAUCCCCCCAUAAUGGUUCCAAAACAGUUAUUUGUAAAACAACUAUUGAAAUAGAGUAUUGGUCUCUUACGAGAGCUUCCAUAAGCUGGUCGAGCAUCUCACCAAUAUACGAGGCACUCGAUAAAAGUUUUUUUUCGGCUUUUUUUGCUCAUUCAAAACUUCAAUGUCUAAAACUACUAACUCUAAAAUUUUAGGCUCUAACACCCUUCCUAUGAAAAGUUAAUCAAUACCGAUUUUUAACACUGUCAUACCUCUCUGGAGAAAAAGAGAAAAAAUAUGCUAUAAAAGAUGUACCAGCUUACGUUUCAAUAGAUUAUUGCAAAUUUUCACAGUAUACAUAAAAAGAUAGACAAUUAAAAGUUGAACAAAAUAAGCUAUUUUGAUAUAAUAUAAUCUCUAACAAUUCUAGUUUUAUAAAGCUAAUGUGAGUCAAAGGUGGUCAUUUUGAUCAGUCCAAGUAAACCAAUGUGGGGUGGGUGUAGGAUGUGGGUGGGUGUGAAUGUGAAUGUGGAUGGGUGUGGGUGUGGGUGGGUGUGGGUGUGG